CACUUGUGUCAAAUGAUUAUGACUUUAUGACUUCCACUUGUUAUGGAUAGUGACCGUAGAAAUAAGUAUCUAGACAUUUUCUGCUAAGAAUGUUUUGUCAUGCUGAGAAGCAUUCCAUGGAACAUAACAGAACAUUUCAUUAGGUCAUGCAGUCAUGAUGUAAUACCAGUCCACUGAGAUAGUCGUGUUGUAAGUUUCCGGAAUGUUCUAGAAUACUUUGUAAAUGUCCAUAAGGACUCAGUUGUGUAGUAGUAGUUGUUGUUGUCAGAAGUGGAUGACUGCUUGGAAAGCUAUACACAGAGUGAGAGGGCUAUAGUGAAGAUUGUUUAAUUCAAGGAACUUUGGAGAAAACUGUGAGUUUGUGUCAGUGGUGAGGCAAGACACAGAUUGUUGUGGGCUUAAGUGCGAGGUAAGGACAAUGUAGGAGCCACUAUGGAUUCCAUGGAUCUGGAACGACAGCGAGGAAUAACCAUACAGUCUGCAGCAACAUAUGUCAAUUGGAAAGAUACAAACAUUAACAUUAUUGACACACCAGGACACGUGGAUUUUACAGUAGAAGUGGAAAGAGCCCUGAGAGUUCUUGAUGGUGCCAUCCUGGUGUUAUGUGCUGUUGGAGGGGUGCAGAGCCAGACGUUGACAGUAAAUCGUCAAAUGAAGCGUUACAAUGUACCCUGUAUUGCCUUUAUCAAUAAACUUGACAGAAUGGGAGCAAAUCCAGCCAGAGUUUUAAGUCAAAUUAGAGCAAAGUUACAACACACUGCAGCCUUCACCCAGUUGCCAAUUGGUUUGGAAUCUGAGGUAAAAGGAGUCAUCGACCUUGUGCGCUGGAAGGCUUAUUACUUUGAGGGAAAUCAUGGGUCUGAAGUGGUAGAAGGUGUGAUCCCUGAAGACAUGGUCAAUGAGUGUACAACAAGAAGACAGGAGCUGAUAGAAACUGUGGCUAAUGUGGAUGACACUCUUGCGGAGAUGUUUCUGGAAGAAAUACCACCUACAGAGGAACAAUUAAUUGCUGCCAUUCGCCGAGCGACCAUAAGGAGAUGCUUCACUCCAGUUUUUGUUGGGUCUGCACUGAAGAACAAGGGGGUCCAGCCUCUCCUUGAUGGUGUUGUGGAUUACUUGCCUGAACCUUUUGAGGUGACAAAUUUUGCCUUGGAUGCUGAAAAUGCUGGAGAACAAGUAGAGAUGAGCAGUGAAAGGAGUUCUUCUCAUCCCUUCGUGGGUCUGGCUUUCAAGCUCGAGGCCGGAAGGUACGGUCAGCUGACUUACCUCAGAGUGUACCAAGGCUUGUUAAAGCGAGGGGCUUAUAUCGUAAAUACUCGGACCGGGAAACGUCUUAAGGUGCCAAGGAUCGUCCGAAUGCAUUCGGACACUAUGGAGGAUGUUCAAGAGGCUGGUGCUGGCGAUAUAUGUGCCUUAUUUGGAGUGGAAUGUGCAUCUGGGGACACUUUUACUGUAGAAGGAGCCAAAUCACUCUCUAUGGAACCAAUUUUUGUUCCUGAUCCAGUUAUUUCGCUCGCUGUAGAGGCAAAGAACAAGAAUGAUUUAGCUCAGUUCUCCAAAGCUCUUAGUCGAUUCUCUCGUGAAGAUCCAACAUUCAGAGUGAGUUUCGACGAUGAAAGCAAGGAGACUAUCAUUUCUGGAAUGGGAGAGCUUCAUUUGGACAUAUACACCGAGAGAAUGCGAACAGAGUUUAACUGUCCUGUAAUAUCCGGUAAACCCAAGGUAGCCUUCAGAGAAACAAUAAGCGGAAAGGCCACGUUUGAGUAUCUUCAUAAAAAGCAGACAGGAGGAGCUGGUCAAUAUGGCCGAGUCAUCGGCAGAAUCGAGCCUAUGCCACAAGAAUCCCUCACAGAGCUCGAAUUUGUCGAUGAAACUGUGGGCAUGAACAUCCCCAAGAAUUUUAUUCCUUCUAUAGAAAAGGGUUUCCUAGAAAUUUGCGAGCGUGGCCUUCUCACAGGGCAUAAGCUGGCUGGAAUUCGUUUUGUCCUUGAAGAUGGAGCGGCUCACGGAGUGGAUUCCAGUGACCUCGCUUUCAGACUUGCAGCCAUGGGAGCCAUGAGAGAAGCGUUUCCCAAUGCUUCUCCCCUGAUUCUGGAGCCAAUCAUGUCAGUGGAGGUGAAUAUUCCCCAGGAAUUCCAGGGAGUGGUGAUUUCAGGCCUUAACCGUCGACACGGUGCAAUCACUGGCACAGAUGCGGCGGAAGGUUAUGUUACAAUUUAUGCCGAGGUUCCACUAAACGACAUGUUCGGUUACUCCACCGAUUUACGGUCGCAAACACAGGGAAAAGGUGAAUUCACAAUGGAAUACUGUAAAUACUUGCCCGCCUCACAACAAGUACAAGCGGAACUGAUAGAAAAAUUUAACGUGGAGAGACUCAAGAAAGCCAAAAGAUAGCGUACGGCUAAGCUAUCAUCCCUCCCCUCCCUUGGUUAUUUUUUGUCACUACUUCCGCUGGAACUUACUUUUGUGGUUGCGCAUCCUGAGAUUUAAUACAAGUGGCUUUACGAAAAUCAGAACAUUAAUUCGAUAUCAAGAGUGAUAUAUUUAUUUUAGCGUUUACUGUUAGCCAGAACUAGAUUCCUGUUUUAAGAAAAGGGGAGUUUCUCUUUCCCUGUAUUUUUGCUGUGCUUUUUGUCCAAUCAAGUUUGUGUCGAUCAUUUCGAAGCUUCAAUAUUCCCCACGGGCAAUCCGCCCCCCUUAUAUUUGAUUUUUGAAGAUUGAUUUGUUCAAAUUAUCACUGCCUGGGGGCAAAAACUGUGCUCAAAUUAUCUAUCCAAGUGCCGGAUUUGAUGGUCAAUUUUUUUGCAAAGGGCGAAAUCGGCGACAGAGAAUUUCAACGCGCUCGCGAAAGUGGAACGUUUUACACCUCCAUAUUAAAAGAUAUGAUAUACCAGUAUUGCGAUGGAAAGACUUGACACUUUUGGUUCAAAUUUCCCACCUCAGCUAGGUAACGUUCCACCUCUCGAGCACGGACAACGGUCAAAUCCCCGUGAGUUGCCUAGGAAGGGAUGUUGAAGCUGCUGAGAGUGAUCUUGUCGACAUAUAAACUUACGUGACACAAUAUUUCAGUCAGAUUUCCAAGCGGGCGAGGUUUAUCAAUCAUAAGUAGAUAAUGGAGAUUUAGAUUGUGACUAAAAUGAUCAUGAUCACGCGGUUAAUGACCUUUAUUUCAGAAAAUUUUAAAUAUCUCACGCAACCUCGUUGCUAGACCCCCGUUCCGUCCGACGAUUCCCAAGUGACCUUGGGACUUUCCGUGGGUCACGUGCCAGACCGAAGGAACAAAAGACUUUUUUCUUUUUUUAAUUAAACUCUAGAUUAGUUUUCAUAGUGGGCAUGGCGCAUAUGAAAGUAUACAAUGGCUCAUGGAGCUGUUUUUUUAUGUGCGUCAAGAAAGCUGAAAGCGCCUCGAAAAUUGCGUUUUUACCGAGCUAGUCGCUAUGGUCUUCCUCAGCCGCGUUUGGAAUGUCGCUCUGCGUCCCCUCCCUAAAAUAACAUUGCGCGUGACAUUUCAAAGAACAGCUGCCAAAUAUUGUUCGAAUUUCAAAACGAAUCAUCAAGACGAGUCAUGAAAGAACAAGGUCGCAAAAUGAAGUGCAUAAUAGAAAGUUUGUUUCUUUUGCUGACCUAGUUAAAAUAUUUUGCUUUUAAAAUAAACAGUUGAACAAUGUUCAUGCUUUGAAA